AUGCAUGUCCAUGUGGACGAGCACUUCUCCUGCAGUUUCACUUACGCAGCCAAGCCCAUCAACGUCACAGACGAGGAAUGGAGAAUUUCCUUGACCGUAAGCCCUGACGGGAGUGCCUACUCCUGUCACUUCUUCUGCAACAACGAACGACAAGGUCUGACGUCAGAGGUGGCGUUCCAGAAGUUCCACCUGAAGGUCAAAGGUGACGCCACCCGCUAUGGAUACACAGAAGUCUACAGUGACCCUGACACCAAGUUGUCCCAGGAAGAGUACAGUGUAGAUGAGGACAAAAUGGAAGUGACCCAAGUCGACGGCAAGUUUGGUAACCGGUUGUCAGCAGUGGUGAUCGUGGCCGGCAUGCCCCUCAACCACGAGGAGUUGUAA